AUGGCUUGCAAUCACCCAAGUCCUCCUCUUUCACCAGUGCGUGAUAACGUUGCCAACAGGAGACUGAUGUCAGGCGAAGGUAUUCAGCCUUUAACUUGGUGUAGGGAGCAUCAGUCGGGGAUAUCUCAGAAACGUCUGCACUUGGGAAAGAAUGGUCGGAGGAGGGGCCUCGACCAACUUAUAAUAUUUGUCCGUUUCACGUGUUAUCUUGCCGGAGUGAAAUGUCGCCUCGAUGCGGAAAAAAUAAGGUUCUGACGCAUGUUGCCAAAAGUCUGGGAGAGAAGAAACAAGUCCACUGAAAGAAGAAGUGGCAUCGUUGGAAUUCGUAGAGGUCAUGAUGGUAGAAAGAAAGAAGGCAAACGUACUGUAUGCAAAUAGAAAGUCAACAAAUUAAAGGUAUAAGCGCAAACGUCAAAAAGGUCACCACUGUAGUGAGCGCUAGGACAGAACCGUCAAUCCCAGACUAUGAAUGUCAGGAUAAGACCAGAGAUAUGAAUGAAUUAACAAUCAGAAGUCAAACGACCUGACGACCCAACACAUGCCGAGCGCUUAGCGCAGUGUUGUGUUCAUUUCAUUUAGUCAAAGAACCAGUAAGUUAAAGAAUGAGGAACAGGUAGGGAAAGGCAAAAUAGUCUGGCGCCUCGGCACAGUUUUUCUACUAAACAAGGUCGACGCCCAUAGUGGAGUCCAGCAGCCCUCUGGGACGUCUAAGCAGCCCCAUUAAGGAGCAUAAGUGCUACCCUAUUCGCAGAGAAGGGGACUAGAAAUGGUACCCUACACAAACCCGGGAAUCACGUCCUCUGCGUGCUGAUCGUGGCUCUGAGAUACAAAACUCGCGGUUGGAAAGCAACGACCAACAACAACAAUCUCUUUCUUCCCCCUCCCCCACCCCUCCACCCCACUCCAAAAACUGGUAGAUUGAGUCUGCUCACUCUGUCAGCCUGGAAUGUUCCUUCUCUUUUAGACAAUCCGAGAGGCAAUCGACCGGAACGGAGGACGGCGCUAGUGGCGCGAGAAGUGGCGCGCUACAAGGUGGACAUCGCCGCACUCAACAAGACCCGAAUCUCCGAACAAGGCCAACUGCAGGAGGUGGGUGCCGGAUACACCUUCUGGAGCUGUCGCCCUAGGGCAAAACGACGAGACGCGGGUGUCGCCAUCGCCAUCCGAAACGACAUUAUGGGACGAUUGUUCUGUCCGCCGCAGGACACCCUUGACCGACCGGUGAGCCUGCACCUGCCGCCCCAGGGAUCCUAA